AAAUAAUUCAAUUAUAGUUUAACAAUGAUUUAACAAUAAUUAAUAAUUAAGCUGUAAUGAAAUGGUAAUUAAUGACCCAUGUUUUAGUUUCCGAUUUCAACAAUGAUAUAAAUCAUGAUUAGACUCUUCUACUUACUACACUUCUACACCUAAAGCUGUAGCUGGAUAUAUAAAUGUCAUGAACCUACAAAGGAUGUACUUGCAGAAACCUAUUGGGACUGCUGGGGUCCUUCUGAGGACAGAGAGGGAAUUUCAGUGACAAGCUCACCAAGUUGGUGAGGGCUUUAAUUUAAAACUCCUGUGGGAGGGGAACUUUAAACCUUUCAGUUUGAAGCCAGGGCUAGCAAGAGUGGCCCAGAACAUGGGGAUGAGUCACAGAUCAGCAGGAGAGCACCUGAAUGGCAGGACAAAGGCAUUCCAGCCACUCCAGCCACUCCUUUGCCUUCAUCAGAGUUCAAUUUACCUGCCUCUGUGCAAAGGCAUGGGAGAUAAAAACGGUGAGCUGGACUCACAGGCAGACCUGCAGGGCUGCCAGCUCCUUGGCAUCAUGGCAAUGUGCUGGAGUGGCUCCUGCAUUCCACUGCACUGGUGGAAUGGAAGGAUACACAGUCUUUAGCAAGGGCAGGUGGAGGAGUUGAGGAGGGGUCACCCCUUAUGUCAGUGACCAGCUGGAGUGAGUGGAGCUCUGCCCAGGGAUGGAUGAGGAGCUGUCCAACAGAUGAUGAAUCAGGAUUAAGGGAGGACAGGGACAGGUGACUUUACUGUGAAGGUUUGCUACAGGCCACCACACCAGGAUUGAUUAGUUCCUCUAUAGACACAUUGACUCUUGUGAUCACAAGCCCUGGUUCUCUUUGGGCAUCUCAACCCUCUGUCACCUCAACCAAAAUCACAGACAGCUCUCCAAAGUCAUUGCCUUAAGUCUCUGUGUUUAGCUAUUACCUUGCAGAACUCUUCUUAGGCUGCUCUCAUCUGCCACUUCAUCUGAUCUGAUUGCUGGGUAGCAACAGAGGGAGUAUUGCUUUCCCAUGGGAUUGCCCUGCAGAGAGGCAGCCAGGGCAAAUGGGCUCCAUUCAGGUUUAUGUGACAGAGGAAAAUUAAUAUACAUGAGAAACAAGACAGAGGGGAAAUAAGUGUAAGUAAUUUAUAUUGAGUUCACAGCAUCUUUCACUGGUGGCUUAGUUUAUCCUCUUAAUUCAAACAAAAUGGGCAAAAUGUCACUCACCUGCCACAGCUAUGUCCCUCCUUUCUUAUAUCAGUAGCUUUCAAACUGUGCAUCAUGGAUUUCAAGGGAUUUAUGAACAUCCUGUAAAAGUUAACUACAGUCUGAUGAGAAUAGCAAGCCAGCCUAUGAUGAAAUUUACAUUCAAGUUUUAACUCUGCAGUUUCUGGUGUUACCUAAUUGGUCACGAUUACACCCUGCAUAUUUGUGCAUUUUUACUAUUCCAAUAGUGCUUAAAUUCCAUUUCCUUGGACCAAAGAGGUCUGUACAUUCACUGACAGGCCAUGAGGAAUGGCAGAUCAAAACAGACAGCAGCGCCUUUAAUUUCUAUCUCAUGCACCACAUUACUUUUCCUAAGAGCCAAGUCCAUUGCCCCUCUCUAGCCACUUCUCUUACACUUCAAGCUGUCAUUAAUCCGUUAACUGUAACAGUACACAGACCAUAAGAAACAAAGGUUCUAAGUUCUAAGGGAGCUGAGAGCUUAUGUGCAGCAGCCCUGAUCUUUGCCUGGCUUAUCUGAUGAUAAGAUGACAGAUGCCACUCAUCAUUUAUGAACAACAAAAGAACAAUUCCUUUCAGCAGUGGUUGAGGAGGUGAGAGAUAUAUUUGGUACCUGCCAGUAAAAUGCAGUCAAAUAACAACUACUGGUCUCCUACCAUUAAGGUUCCUCUGAAUGUUUUUAGCAGCACAGCUCUUGCUGGGAUGGUUUGUAUUUUUUAGGGAUCCCAACUCCCAGUUUGGCAUGUAAGUGCAACAAUCAGAUCUGUGGAUGCUUGGCUUCUGCUGUUGUCUAGGGGGGCCUGACACAUUGCAGAAAUAUUAUCUGGUACCUGACCUACUAAAAGCUGUCAGAAACAAGAGGAAUUGCAGAUAAGAAAAGCUGGCCAUCUGGCCCAGUAAUAGGGAUCAGCUCAUGGCAGAGACCUCAGGUUUUGGAAUUUGAGGAUAUAUGUACAUCCCCUGUCAGCAUGCCUGUAUGUUACAGGAGAUCUCUAUGGCUCCUUGGGAAGCUUACAUUGGCUUCCUCAGAUUCAAGCAGGAUGUUCGUCACAGCACCACAAAGGCCCUCUCCUGCCAGAGAGGAUUCAUCAGCAGAGGAGCUGGUCCUGGGCUGGCAACUUUUCUGCAUGGUGUUAGGCUGGAGUGUAGAAAAGCUUUUCACACAAAGGUUUCAUCUUGAGUGCUGCUAUAGGAUCAAAAGUGUAAAGGACCACUUGUGUGAGCACCAUUACUCCCACCACUGCUGUGGCCCAUUUGGGACUGUGACAGCCCAUGACAUUUCCAUGACAUUUUCCAAGAGCCUACCUUUGCUUCCCUCUUUCAUCCUUUUGUAGAAAGAUGACUCUAUGGCUCUCACCAAAUGACUUCAUCCAGCUGAUUUUAUGUUCAAAAAUAAAUGGUUUUUCCCACUGACACUGAGAAGAUGUGUAGAUAGGCCAAAAGGAGUAAUUUAAUAUUGUUAUUGUACAGGAAUAGUUGUGUCUUUGUCUCAUGGUGCAGGCAGUAGAAGGCAGACGGUCUCUCUUACAUCAGCUAUCCAGGAACCUAAAAAUUUGCAGCUUUGAAACAUAUAGAAAACUUUGUUCCAGGAAGACCUCUCUGUGGAGAAGUUUGGAGCAGACAGAAAAUUCAGCUUUCUCUUUUAAAGCACAAGCACAGCAGACAGUUCUCUGCAACCCAAAGAGUACAUUACUUAUUUUUCUUCUCUCCUUGGUGUACAAAGAGGUGAAUUUUCCUGAACAGUUUAAUUCAGCCAAGUAAUUAGGGGACUAAUGAAAAUACUCUAUAGAUUUGGAAUUAGGUGUUUCUUGAAGGAAUCUUCAUCUUGAGAAUCUAAGAAAAGAAACAAGCCAAACUACAGCCUUAUAUCACCACAGCUGCUAGUUGUGUUUAAGCAAUGGCUCAGUUCUACACAGAAUAUGUGUAAAUGUGGCCGCUGUUGGAAGUAUUUCUAUGAUUGCAAAGUAGUUAUUACUCAGGUUUAAUAAAAUGGGAGUUUUUAAGGCACUAUAAAAUCCAAAUCGGAUUCUUCCUUUUCUUUUUAGACUUAUUUUUUUUCUGUCUGAAAUGCCACUUGCAUGAAAAACAAACAAGGCAUUUUUCCACCUAGAAAGGGAAAAAAAUGAAAAUUACAGUACAAAAAGCUCCUGAAAGGAGUGUCUCCUCUGAAGUCAGAAUCAUCCUAAUGGGUGGAAAACAGCUUGAGCAGAAACUCUGGAUUUAAAUCCUGCAGAUAAGAGCAAGCUUCACCUCUGCAGAAGUAAGAAUUUAUUAAUCUAUAUUUUGAACUCUCCGGUUCCCAGUGUUGUGGAUGCCAGCCUGGUCAGGGAGAGAGAAAUGGCAAUUGUUUCUCACUAUGGCUUGUGAGAAUUUUAGAGAGUUGCAGGAAUGUGAUAACUUGUUAGUCUAAACAAUCUGCAGGUGGUGUUUUUCCACCUUGCUUUUCUGUUCCUCUCAAGGAUGGUGCAUGAGAAAGAUGUUUUUAUUAACUAACCAAUCAAAUAGAAUGUAUCAUAUCAGUCUAUUUAGGCUGAAGUUUCAUUUCCAUUAAAGCCUUCUUCCUUUUUACGCUGUGUCUCGUCUGUUCUUGUGUCAUUCUUGGUGCAUGGGUGACACAGUGUUACAGACAAAAGGUGUGAAGGAGGUCAGCCUCUCCCCUCUCUCCUAGAUUCUUCAGCUUGUUUUUCACAUUAACUGCAGUAUCUGACCUGUUUUAAUAAACUCCUGACCAUUAGCCUCUGUGGUUAUUUCACUGCCCAGUGAAAACACCGUUUUCCUCAGCAGAUAGAGUGACAAACAGAGUGCGGCUGUACAUGUGAAUGUGAACAGCUCAGGCAGCAGAGAAAGAUGUGAAGAGUAGCAGUAGAGACUGUGUGUGAUCACUGUUUUCUCAAGGCUCCCUGACUUGCAGAGCCAUAAUAAGCUCUAAAAUCUUGAAUUCUGUUACUGGUGCAGUGAAGGCACAGUUAAAUCAUAACGCUUGGAAUUACAACACAGUGACCUGCAUGGGUGGUGUCCAGUCCUGUGUGCAUUUCCAGGGGAAGCUGGAAAAGGAAGUACUUUCAGAGAGGUUGGUGCUCACCUGCACCACCUCAUUGACCCUGCCUUGAGCUGGGAGCUGGGACACCAGCAGGUGGAGUCCCCACACCACUUUGCCAGCACUGUUGGGUUUCGGACUCAGUGUGAGUCCAGCUGCAGGGACCUGGGACAUAAUCCUUGAACAACAGGUUCAAGGGUUGCAGGAACAACAAGUUCAAGGGUUGCAGAAGAGCAAAAGGUCAAGUGAGAACUUUUUUGAUUCAUCUCAUGCAGUCCCCCCAGCUCUUCUGGCCUCUAGGGAGGACAGGCCAAGCAUUUUUCCUCUUCAGUAGAAGAUGGCAUGAGGGAAGGAGGUCUCUUCCUUGGUGAAAGUUAUCAUCAUAGAAUCAUAGGAUGGUUUGGGUUGGAAGGGACCCUACAGAACAGUUACUUCCAACCUCCCUGCCAGAUUCCACUCACUAAAUCAGGUUGCUCCAAGAAUUAUUAAUGAAGAAAUGCUCAAAGAAUUAUUACUAGUGCUUCAGUAUGGAUCAAAGAUCUCAUUGCCAGCUCAUAGGUUUUGUAGCUCAGAGCUUCAGCAUAGCUGGAAGAUGGAAAGUAAACUUUAUUCCCUGAGAACUAAACUACCUUCUAGUUUUCUUUCAUCUCUUUUUCCCACUGUGAUCUUCACUUUCAAGUUUGGAGGCUUGCUCAGAGACAGUGCCUACAAUGAUGCUUGUAUCAAGAGAAUGCUUGACAGUGUGAGCUGUAGAAUAUGAUUCUGAUGUUUGUGUUCUCUUAAUGCUUGUGACAAGUUAGCUGGAAGGCACAGGAUUCUGGAUGAAUACAUGCAUUUAAAUGCCAGAUCUUUGCAGACCUGAUGGAUUUCAGGUCUUCACAUCCUGAAUCCUCAGGCCUUGGAUCUAGCAGCUAAAGUACAGCCAUCACCUUUAAGGCCUUUACAAGGUUCACUGAUGCAAUUCAAUGCAGCAUUUGUACAAUAGGAUUAUGUAACAAGACAGGAAAACUACCUAUAUGGGAAGAAGCUGCAGAUUCUCAUGCAUCAGCAUGUAAAUGUGUUUUCAAUUUAAUUACUCUGUAUCUUGUCUUGAGCCCUAAGAGUGCAUAAACACUGAUGCCACAGUCUAGCUAAGGAUGGUUUGAGAUUUUACAGCAUAAACUGCCUGUUCUCUAACAAAUAUUUGGAAUAACUCUUGUAUAUUUUGUAUUAAUCUUGUUAAAAGGCCUUUCAUAGAUGGUUGUCACAUUCCUAUAUGGCAAGAGGAAAAAGUUCUCCAAAUGGUAAAAAAAAGAAAAUCUGUGACCUCUGUAAAGAAGGCAGUUCUGAAGUACCCCCAAAGCCAGACCUUGCUCCAUGUCCUCCAAGUUUUUUCUUAUAUAAGAUCAAUUUUUCUGAGACAGAGGAGAAAAGCCAUUAUUUCUUUCCAUCUACCCAACUUUGCUUAGGCUGCUUCAGAUAGCAGUGCAGAAAGGGACAAAGAAUUAAAUUUUGGAACCACCACAUGAGGAUCAGAACUUGUUGAAGGCAGAAUGGUAAAAAUUGGAGAAACUCUGCACUGAACACCCAGUGCACAUUCAGUCAUCGCAGUGAGGGGAGCAUAAGUACCUAAGUUCUUAGGGAGAGGGAACAGGAAAUUAAAGGGAGAAUGAAACAGCAGGUUAAAAGUGAGAUUACUAACACAAGAGAAUUCAUCUGAACAACCUAAGUGCCCUGAUUUUGAGUAAACUUUUGUCAGCCAGGCUGUGAGGUGUUCAGGGCAGCCAGAGUAGCAUAUAUGGCAAAAUCUAACUGCUGUGAAGGUGAAUAUUUGCUCAAAGUGAAUGUAUAUACAAAAGAAUUACAUAUUUAUAUGAAUACUUCAGUUUAAAAUUCAAGGCAUAUACUUCUAAAUUGUGUACUUUUAAAUAAGAAGUAAGAGUCAAUGACUACAAUAUUAAUGUUGCUGUGCCCAUGUAUUUCACAGGGUCUAGUAAGGAGGAGACACACACAUUACCCGUAGUAUAUACAAGCCCUCAGUGAAGUAAAUUGGUGCCUGUGUUAAACGGCUUCACACUCUGGGGAGGAGAGUGAAAAAAAACACAUUUGGAAGUGUGUGAGCAGCAGGAGGGAAGCAUGUGUGCCCCAAAGAGGCUUGGACAACCUGUGCAGGUUUGGCAGCAAUGGCCCCAGUGGUAUUCUGCAGUCCAGGGAGAAGGAUGCGUUGGAAGUGAAGGAUUGAGGGCAUGAGCAAUGCAGGAGUGCCCUCUUUCUACAGCAGUUAUGUUACAACGAGCCUGGCAGCUCUGUGGGAAGUGGUGCCGUUGGUCCAGCCCUUUCAUCCAUCUCCUCACUCUGACUGUGGUGACUUUUGGUGUGCUGGCACCUUUGAUCUGCCACCGGUUCCUCCACUCUUACUUCUACCUGCGGCGCUGGCACCUGAAUCCCAUGAGCCGGGAGUUCCUGGAGCGGAACCAGCAGGAGGGCCAGGAUGCCCUCCAUUACUUUGAGAAGAUGCAGAUGCCAAAUGCCUCCGAGGUCUCUGGCAGUGACACCUUCCAGCCUUUGCUGCUGAUCACCAUUAUCACUGUGCAGAGGCGGAAUGAUUUCCACUACGUCUUGCAAGUGGCCUCCCACUUCCACCGCCUCCUCCAGAAAUGUGGGGCGCGUUGCCAGAGCCACCGAAUGCUCCUCUGUAAUGUGGAGUCAGACCCCAGCAGCCAUCAGGAUGUCAGGCUGCUGAGCAGACUCUUUCCUAUGGUCAGUCAUGACAGAACUGGAAAGAAUCCUGACCCCAGCCUGAACCAAUUUGAGAAGGAGAAGCAGGACUACGUCUUCUGCCUGGAGCAGUCACUGUUAGUGUACAACCCAGAGUACGUCCUCCUUGUGGAAGAUGAUGCUGUGCCAGAGGAGGAGAUAUUUUCUGUCUUGCAGCACCUCUUCUCGGCCCGGUUCUCCAAGCCCUACCUCAGAGAUGCUCUCUACUUCAAGCUGUACCAUCCCGAGAGGCUCCAGCGCUACUUCAACCCUGAGCCCAUGAGGAUCCUGGAGUGGCUGGGCCUGGGCAUGUUUCUGGGGCCAGUGUUGAGCUGUGUGUACUGCUGGGCUGCGGGGCGGGCGGGCCCCAGCUGGUGCCUGGUGGCGUUCUUCGCCCUGUACAGCAUGGCCCUGUCAGAGUUGGUGGGGCGGCACUACGGGCUGGAGCUGCGCCGCCUGCACCCGGCGCUCUACAACGUGGUGCCAGCCAGUGAGUGCUGCACGCCUGCCAUGCUCUUCCCCGCUGCCUCUGCCCACCGGGCCUUGGGAUACCUGCGGGGGCUGCGCUGCCGCCGGGGCUUCGCCAAGGACACGGCCCUCUACUCGCUGCUGCAGGGCAAGGGCGAGAAUGCCUUCGUGGUGGAGCCCAACCUGGUGCGGCACGUGGGGAUGUACUCCAGCCUCCGACUGAACAGCGACCCAAAACUGCUGUGAGCUGCUCCUGCCUUGUCGCACAAACAACGCCCAGGGCACUUGCCAUGGGGAAGAGGGACAGUGUGCAAACUCGGAUUCUGUGCUGCUUGCACCGGGCAUCCUGUGCCUCCACGCGGGCAAAGAAUAACUCUCUCUAAAAGUACAAGUUUUCUUAAAAAAUCAGCUUUUGUUCAUGGAGACCCUAUUUAAUACGAACUUGGAACUAAUCAGCAUACACCACCUGGGAGGGGAGUGGAGGAUUCCAGCUCACUCUCCUUAGCCAUUUGCCAAAGAAAUGCUCUCACACCAA